ACUUUAUGAUUUUGACUUUGUGAUUUUGACAUUCAAUGAUAAGUGACUGUCGAUUGCCCGAUUACUUAAUCAUUUUUAUUAAAUUCUUCAAAAGAAAUUUAUAAAAGGCAGACAACAUGCAGGGAAUGUCUUUUCAAUCCCUUAAAAAGCACAAAGCUUUGAUCCCUCUGUAUGUUUGUGUUGGACUUGGAUGUGGCGGUGCUCUCCUAUACACAGCCAGGCUAGCUCUUCGUAACCCAGAUGUCCAGUGGAACAGAACUGGUGAAGUAUCCAACGAACAAUAUAGAGCUAAACAGUAUAAGUUUUAUGUUCCUAGUGGAAGUGCACCAGAAACACCAGCACCAAAAUAUUAGAUGGGAGAAUUUUCAAUAUAAUUUGUAUAGUUUAUUAUAGAAUACUUAUUUAAAAUAAAAUUGUAAAAGUGUAA